GCGAGAGGCGGGGUACACCCUGGUAACAUUUCCCUUUUUUCCUGAAGUUCCUUCAGACUGCUGACUUUAAGACUGAUAGUUAAUCCCUGCACACCUAAAGAGAUCACAUCAAUAAAGCACGAAAAAAGAAGCCUUGAAGUGUAAUUCCUGACUUCACCUGAUUUAAAACAACAUCACUGAGAUAUCACCAUGUCAGCAGGAUAUAAUGACACAGAAGACUAUUACAGCAAUUACGGCAAUUACAGUGAUUAUGAUUAUGGAGACUAUGCUCCAGUCAACUCCACCGAUGUACAGGAAUUCAGCCAAGUGUUUCUUGCCAUUCUCUACAGUUUGGUUUUCAUCCUGGGAUUUAUAGGUAAUGGACUAGUGGUGUAUGUCGUGGUGAAGCAUCGCAAUCAGAGCAACCUGACAGACAUCUGCCUCUUCAACCUGGCUCUCUCUGACCUCCUCUUCGUCUUCACGCUGCCUUUCUACUCUCACUAUGCCAGGGUUGGCCAGUGGACUUUUGGAGACUUCAUGUGCCGUUUAGUCUCCGGCUCUCACCAGACUGGCUUCUUCAGCAGCAUCUUCUUCAUGGUUGUCAUGACGCUGGACCACUACAUGAUCGUCAUGCACGCUCACAGGGUCGCAUGUUAUCGCACAAUGAGGGCAGCCAUCAUUCUGACCGUGCUCAUUUGGAUGCUGAGCUUGUUUGUCUCUCUGCCAGAUUUUAUCUUCACACAGGAAAUAAAGGAAGAGUCUCAGAAGAUUAGAUGUAACUAUCCCGAGGAGAGCAAAAUCUGGGAGCGUUACAACCUGUUUACCACAAAUGUGCUGGGUCUCGUGAUUCCCUUGCUGGUGAUGGUCCCCACACUGAUGAGCAUGAGGACCGCAAAGAAGCACCGCAUCGUCAAGCUGAUCAUCUGUAUAGUGGUUGCAUUUUUCUUGCUCUGGACUCCAUAUAACAUUUCCCGUUUCUUGAAGUUUCUUCAGGAAAAAGGCAAAAUCCCACGUAAUGACACCUGGGAUAAAAAUUUAAGGCUGUCAGUGGUAGUAACUGAGGCCUUUGCUUACACUCACUGCUGCCUGAAUCCCAUCAUAUACGCUUUUGUGAGAGAGAAGUUUGUGGAAAUAGCCUUGCAGCUGCUGAAAUAGUUUG